CCCCGCCCCGUCCCGGGGAGCGGACGUGGCACUCGGGCCUGGAGCGAGCAAGCGAGGACACCGGACGCGGGCGCUGGGGAGGACUCCCGUCCCCCUCCUCCCCCUCCUCCCCAGCCAUGGCGACCCCGGCCCGGCCCAGCCUCACCUCCAUCUCGUCGGCGGAGCUGAGGGCCCUGUGGACGUGCGACUGCGAGCUCGGCCUCCUGCCCGCCCGCCAGCUCAUGGAGCUGCUGCCGUCCUCCCUGCGGCUGGAGGGGGACCGCCUGGUGGUCCCCGCCGGGGGAGAGGACGGGGGCGCCUCCUCCUCCUCCUCCUCCUCCUCCGGGGGCUUCAACGUCUUCGCCGACGACCUGGUGCGGCUGGACGGACGCCUCCGCCGCCUCAGCGGACACCUCAGGAGGUACGUGGAGCUGACCACCUACAGCGAGUACAGGGACUACCGGGAGACCCUCCUGAGCAAGCCCCUGCUGUUCUUCGUGAACCUGCGGACCAGGAAGGAGGCCUGCGGAGAGAGGACCUACGCCUUCCUGGCGAACACGCGCCACCCCCGGAUAAGGCGGCAGCUGGAGCGGGGCCUGGACGGGGUCAUCUCCUCCGUGAUUGGCGAGAGCUACCGGCUGCAGUUUGACUUCCGGGACGCCCUCCGGGCCUCCCUGCCCCCGGGCUGCUGGCCGCCGGCGGACGGGGAGGGGGGCCCGGCCUUCGGCUUCGGGUUCGAGGCCGGGGCCCUGCUGGACGUGCUGCACUGGCUGGGCCUGAGCCGCGCGGAGGUGGCGGUGACGGGGUCGGUCUUGAACCUGGGGAGCAGCGGGGACGGCGACAAGAGGGACACAGUCAGGCGCUUCCUGGAGAGGAUGAGCGAGGCCCCGCCCCGGAGGAGGCCGAGCUGCUGCGUCACCGCUCGAGGCUCCGUGGAUGACGUGUUCGGAUGACGUGUUCGGAUGACGUCCCCUUCGGGGACCCGCUGCUGGCGGAAGUGCCCUUCCCCGGGGUCGGGAGGCCGAGGAGACGCCCGGAUGCUCGGCCUGAGCCGCCCUCCCCCCCCC